UUGAAAAACUAUACACAAUAACGGAGCUGCGAAACAUCGCAGAGUCAGGCACGCUGUUCAGUGCCCAUAAGUUAGACAGCUGUAAUAACAGCAAGUGUACGCACAUGGCGCAGAAAGGAUCGGGCUUUGCAAUAAUUAAGGUCGUGGUUUGUCAUGUAUUUUAAAGACGUGUAUAAGAGUAGUGUCAAAGUUUCUAUGCUUUUUUGUGGACUGGGUGAAGUCUUAUCGUUAAGCAUUUUAAUAGCUUUUUUUUUCAAUAGAACGACUUAUUAAGAAACAGUAAAGUCACCUUUUUUUUUACAAGAGCUCGAAUGUAAUUGCGUUUUUCUAAUAUAUUGAGCUCUUUUUAGAUAAGACUUGAAUUUGUCCUGACAACAUUAUUAAUAUUUCUAGCCUCAUUUUUAUAUAAAAAACUAUAAUAAAGAAUGAUUGAUUAUACGUAUUAUUUGCUUAAACUGUUGAGAUCGUAGACGUUUGGAGGACUGUAAAUUGGAUUUUUUUUUUCUUGUAAGGUGAAUCGGUUGUGGUUGUCGUGUUUCCCACAGUUUUUGAAAGUCAAAUAAAUACAUCAGUUCCCAAAAUGUUAAACUUGCCAAAACUGUUAAAGAAAUCAACGAAAUGUAAUCUCUUCCGCCUAAGAAACUGUAUCUACCGUGCAAGUCCCCGCUUGAGAUACUACGGCACUGCUUAUCCACCAGAGACUCGCAGGCGGGUUGUGGUUACCGGAAUAGGACUUGUUUCUCCCCUCGGAAUAGGAAGCUCCUUGCCUUGGGAGCGCUUGAUACGAGCUGAAAGCGGAAUCAUUAGCUUGGACUCAGAAGCCUAUAAAAAUGUUCCGUGCAAAGUGGCAGCUUGCGUGCCCAGAGGAGAAGGAGAAGGGCAAUUCAAGGAGGAGAUGUUUGUGUCCAAGGGGGAGAUGAACAGCAUGUCUCUGGCGACUGUCAUGGCCCUGGGGGCAACAGAACUGGCCAUGAAAGACUCGGGCUGGUACCCGUUAAGCACCCAGGAACAGUUUACCACCGGCGUGGCGGUGGGGAUGGGGAUGGUCCCACUGGACGAGAUAGCAAGAACUGCUGUGCUGUUUGAAACCAAGGGCUACGGGAAGGUCAGCCCGUUCUUUGUUCCCAGGAUCCUGGUCAAUAUGGCAGCGGGACACAUCAGCAUCAAAUACAAGAUGAAAGGUCCCAACCAUGCAGUGUCCACAGCAUGCACCACGGGGGCCCAUGCCAUUGGGGACGCAGCCCGGUUUAUUUGCCACGGGGAUGCCGCGGUGAUGGUCGCGGGAGGCACCGAAGCCUGUAUCGGCCCCCUGUCCAUCUCCGGGUUCGCCCGGGCUCGCGCGCUGAGCACCAGCUGGAACGCAGCCCCGAAACUCGCCUCGCGGCCCUUCCACCCCGAAAGGGAGGGGUUCGUGAUGGGGGAGGGGGCUGCCGUGCUGGUGCUGGAGGAAUAUAACCACGCCAUCGACCGGGGAGCCACGCUGUACGCAGAGGUGCUUGGCUAUGGACUCUCCGGUGACGCCAGUCACAUAACUGCUCCUACCACUGAUGGAGACGGGGCGUUCAGGUGCAUGUCUGCCGCUAUAAAGGAUGCUGGUAUAAAGCCGGAAGAUGUGACCUACGUUAAUGCGCAUGCCACCUCAACACCACUGGGGGAUGCUGCUGAGAACACCGCCAUCAAGAGGCUCUUCCAGAAGCAUGCCUAUUCUAUGGCUGUCUCCUCCACAAAAGGGGCAACAGGACACCUGCUGGGAGCAGCUGGGGCAUUGGAGGCAGCCAUAACUGUCCUGGCCUGUCACCACGGUGUGUUGCCUCCGACCCUGAAUCUUGAUAGAACCGACCCCGAGUUUGACCUCAACUACGUUCCCUGCGCAGCUCAGGAGUGGAAGACUGAAGGGAGACGAAUCGCCCUCUCCAAUUCCUUUGGAUUCGGGGGCACUAACGCAACGCUGUGUUUUGCCAGCAUCUAAAACAUUUGUCUCUGUUGACUCAUGAAAUAGUAAGAAUUCUAAAGACAGAUGUAGCUGGCAUUUUUCGAUGAAAAAGCAAGCGCUCGUAUUUGAAUCCAUUUCAGUUUUAAACCUGCCUUCAGUGCCCUGUCUUAUUGUGUCCCUCUACUCCCACCCAAGUAAGCUAUGCAAGUUGAAAUUCAAAUAUUGUUACUGUAGCUUCGGUGUUUCUUAAAACCUAUCCUGAUCAAAGCAAGUAACUUUUGAUUUCAUACCAAAUCAUUAAUUCAGGUUUGUCUGUUUUUUUUUUCUGGGGUAAUGUACAGUUUAAAUUUAGAUUUGGAUUAAUUUUCUGUAUUAUUCAGUUGGUAGAACAAAAGAACUUGUUUAUGUGAAGGUAUCCAGUUACUGAAUAUAAGGUAUUAGAGACAGUGAGCAUGUCUGAACUGUAUGAAGAAGGUGAUGAUAGGGGAUUAUUUACAAAUACCACAUCACUUUAAUAGCCAAAGCUCUGAACAAAGGACAAUUAUUUUAGAUUACGAUAUUGAACAUGCAAUUUAGUAGAAAAAACAUAUUCGGGGGGAACGGUGGCUCUGUGGCUAAGGAUCUGUGGCUGUGGCCGGAAGGUUGCUGGUUCAAGUCCCACAGCC